AUAAGGUCGCUUUAAGAGAUAUCUCAGUGCUACCAGGACACCUCCUACCUUCUCCUCGACCAAAAACUCUGUUGUCUCACCUGAUAAGAGGAAUUGCGCCAGAUCCAAGAAGACGGAAUACUUCGGAGAGCAGUGAACACGCAGCGUGGCAGUACACCGGAUCACACUCAGGAGUCCUGCACUAUACCUGUCCGGAGCUGAGAAAGUCCUGCUCACUGCCAGAAAACACACACUAAAGGCACAAAGUGGAUCCAAGGCAGCUGCGCCUCUCCAGGGCACUAAAUGAAGACAGCUGAAGAUUAAGGAUGAAGGAGAGCUUUAAAAAAGCCAAAAUUAACUCAUGAAGUAGUUACAACAGGUGCAACACAACAAAUCACUUCAAUUAGACCCUGGUCUUUGAGGUAAACCCAGGAAAACCAUCAUGGAGCUGCAGCACAACACACAUUACAACCAUGCCUUGUGGAAGGAGAUGCCGUUUUAUCCUGACGACUGCUCGCUCUCAGUGAGCGGCACCACAUUUCUGAUUGUUGCUUACAGUACAGUGAUGGCAGUGGGUCUCAUUGGGAAUUCUUGCCUCGUCUUUGUCAUCACACGGCACAAGGAGAUGCGCAACGUCACCAACAUCCUCAUCGCCAACCUGUCGUGUUCUGAUAUCCUCAUGUGUAUUGUGUGCCUGCCAGUUACCAUUAUCUACACUCUGAUGGACCGCUGGAUCCUGGGAGACGCCCUCUGUAAGCUCACUCCCUUUGUCCAGUGCAUAUCAGUUACCGUGUCCAUCUUCUCCCUCGUCCUUAUCGCCAUGGAGCGCUACCAGCUCAUCGUCCACCCCACUGGGUGGAAACCCAUGGUGGGCCAGUCUUACUUGGCUGUCGCUGUCACCUGGAUAGUGGCGUGUUUAAUCUCUGUGCCUUUCCUGUCAUACAGCGUCCUCGCCUUGCCUUUCCAAAACCUGAGCAUCCCCUUCCCAGUCAGCGACCACUUGGUUUGCAUGGAGAAGUGGCCCUCACUUGGAGAGCGACGAGCUUACACCACCUCUCUUCUCAUGUUCCAGUACUUUCUCCCUCUUUUCCUCAUCAUGGUCUGCUACCUGCACAUCUACCUCCGCCUCAGGAGGAGGAAGGACAUAGUGGAGCGAAGCAAGAACACCACUCAGAAGAAAAACAAGGGGUCCACAAGGAUAAAUGCCAUGUUAGUCGCCAUAGUGGUGGCAUUUGCCCUCUCCUGGCUCCCCCUCAAUAUCUUCAACACGGUUUUUGAUUGGAACCACGAGGCCAUCCCAGAUUGCGGCCACGACAUCAUCUUCUCAUUCUGCCACCUCACAGCCAUGGCGUCCACUUGUGUCAACCCCAUCAUCUAUGGCUUCCUCAACAAUAAUUUCCAGAAGCAGCUCAAGACCACCCUAGUGAGAUGUCGCUGCUGGGGGGUGACGGAGAGAUACGAGAGUGUCCCGCUCUCCACUGUGAGCACAGAGGUUACCAAGGGGUCCAUCUUGAGCAAUGGAUCUAUCACCAUCAAUACUUAAAUCAGGGCCUUUCAGUAAAAAACAAAGAAAACCUGGGGCCUCUCCCAUCUUCAUUGUGCCAUCCUUUAAAGUUUUUUCUUGCUUCGCUGAGUGUAAAACCGAGGUUGACAUUUACAAAGUUAUAAGCCUCAUAAUAGUGGUCCGGUGGGAGCUGAGAAAGACACUUAACCGGCAUGACACUGUGUCCUCUAUUUGGAACGAGCUCACAUGAAAGAGGAAGUAGAUAACAAAAUGAUGGUUCAAAGGUUGGACAACAAAUGAAAACACUUUACACAAGCACUUUCACAGCUGUAUAUUCUAUUCUUGGUGUGCUGUGGUCACAUAUAAAAAAGGACAUGGUUUUUAAUCUAGUUAUUCUAUGUAUACAUCUGUCAUGUUGUAUACAGGACACAGGCUUUCACCCAGAAAUCAUGUUUUCAUUUGUAUCUGAUGCUUAGUCUUUGCUUUUCACUCUUUUACCUGUGUAACUAUGAGUAGAGGAAUCACAGGAAGAAAAGACAAAGGGUACCAGAAAUGUUUCUUGUAAUAUUACUGAUUCACGGGGAUAGUAUUGAUGACAUUGUAAAGGGAUUGUAACCUGUAAUGUGUUAACGAUUAUUGACAGAGCAGUUUACUACAUAGCUGAAUGAAAAGUACAUUAGUGCAUUAAAUAUGUCUCCAGGCAUUUAUUCAGAGGAUUUAUUUGCAUCACAAUGCUGCUCUUACUACCUGUAAUGAUCACAAAGUGUUUAAUGAUCUUUUAUUGAGAACCUUGGCAAGAACAUACGUUUCAUGCUCCAGUAUAUUGUUUAGGUGUGGUGUUUUUUUCUCAUAAAAUGUGACAUAAAACAACCAUAUAUCAAGUGCCAUAAAACAAAGUAAGAGUGGCAGUAAAGGAGGUGGUCAGGGUAGGGUUCUCCUGCUGUAUAUAACCUUAAUAAAUAAAUACAUGUAUGGCCUGUAAAACAUGUGACACAGUAAUAGUCUGUGGUGUGGUUGGCAAUAAAGAGCACUGUGUAGCAUAGAAGAUAUCUCCUAGAAAACUUGUCAGUCACUUUUCUUUGUGGUAUUGAAUUAAAAAACAUGUAUUUGUCUCUUUAA